AUGCUCCCUGCCCUCUGGUGCCCACCAAGAGGCAGCAGGAGCCAGCAGCGUGGCCUGAAGAUUGGUUCCAGUUCUGGUUCCUCUUCCAAUUCCAGUUCCUCUUCCAGUUCCAGUUCUGGUUCCAGUUCUGGUUCCAGUUCCAGUUCUGGUUCCAGUUCUGGUUCCAGUUCCAGUUCUGGUUCCAGUUCUGGUUCCAAUUCUGGUUCCAGUUCCAGUUCCAGUUCCAGUUCUGGUUCCAGUUCCAGUUCUGGUUCCAGUUCUGGUCCCAGUUCCAGUUCUGGUUCCAAUUCUGGUUCCAGUUCCAGUUCCAGUUCCAGUUCCAGUUCCAGUUCUGGUUCCAGUUCCAGUUCUGGUUCCAGUUCUGGUCCCAGUUCCAGUUCUGGUUCCAGUUCUGGUCCCAGUUCCAGUUCCUGUUCCUGUUCCUGUUCCAGUUCUGGUUCCAGUUCCUGUUCCAGUUCCAGUUCUGGUUCCAGUUCUGGUCCCAGUUCCAGUUCCUGUUCCUGUUCCUGUUCCAGUUCUGGUUCCAGUUCCAGUUCUGGUUCCAGUUCCAGUUCUGGUUCUGGUUCCAGUUCUGGUUCUGGUUCCAGUUGUGGUUCC